AUGUAAUCUAUCGAAUAUAAGUUAUUCAUAUCAAAAUUUUAGUUCAUGUUAAAAUCAACAUCAUAUAUUUACUAAUUAUAUUCAAUUUGUGAAAAUAAUACUACAUAGAAUAAUCUCGUUACCUUUUCAUUUCUAAAUUUACUCAAUUUACAUUAAAUAAUUCAAGUACAACAUUAUAACUUGAAACUACUUAACUUCCAAAAAUAGUUUAAAUAUUAUCAAAAUAAGAGGUAUUUUAAACCAAAUUUUUAUAUUAUCUUAGAAAUAAGAUUUGUAUUAGCUUAAUUAAUCUAACAACACCUUAUAAAUGAAUAUAAUUAGUAGUUGUCAAGAUCAUUCUAUUGCAUAAAUUCCAAAAGUUAAUGA